AUGUUGCGCCCUGCUGGUUAUUUUCGGCGCCUCCUUUGCCCCUUUGACAGCCGCGGGUGCCGGCGUCCUCAUUGCCAGUACAGGCACGAGUCCAGGCGCCGUGAAGAGCCGUCCCUUGCCCAGUCGCCGCCGCCGCCGCCGCCCUUGAGCGGCUCCCCUUCGCUGGGGCUGGGUAAAAAUAUCCAAGAACUAGAAAGGAUCGACAAAGCAAUUCAGUCAGUCAAGACUGAGGUUGAAGAAGAAAAAAAACUCUUGUGCUAUAACAUUGAACAAGAUGGCUUUAAAAAUUCUUCGGCUCCUGCAAUAAAUGACCUUAAAGGAAAUAUAUCAUUCUCAGUUAAAGGUCAUUCAUGUAGUAUUCCUACAAAAGACAAGGUUCGUGCCAUUUCAACCUCAAAGGAGUCUUGCAAAUUAAGUAAAUAUAUUCUUGACCAUAGCUGUCCAACUACUGAUCUUGAGUAUGAUCCAUUACUUAAUUAUUCUGCUAGUCUGCUUAAGUCUUCUUUGAAGGAAGAAGAUAAAAAAGACAAGCAUCCUGAUAAAAAGCUUGAUGAUGAAAGUGUAUCUACGUACAUCAAAGAAAAUGAGGUAAUUGUAUUAGACUCUUCGGGAGAAGAUGAUUCUGAAGAAGAUACAGAACUUUCUGAUGAUACAAUGGAAGAAUGUCGAAAAUUUUUUAAUGAGUUUGUUGAACGUGAAGCAAAGAAGGAAGAAAGGGCAAAGCAGGUUAAUACCUCCAAAGAAAUCAUUGUACCUUUUAAGGCACCCCUUCCACAACAGCCUUACCAUUCCAGAAUCCUGCAAGCACAACAACAGGCAGUGAAAAUAAAAGCUGCUGUUAAAAGUGGUCAAGCGUUUGUUGCUGCAACUUGUGCCUCAAAGAAAAGGGUGUCAGUACCAGCAACUCCAGUUCAAAACAUGGGGCCCGCAGAACUGAGAUCCAAAGUACCACAUGACAUAAGACAACGAUAUAUCAAUUUUUUUGUGGAAGAAUUCUUAAAAGUUUGUACAACAGUAACUGAAGCUUUUGAUAAGGCAUUAGCAGAAGAAAAGGCAAUAUAUGACCGUUGUGGUAGUAAAAAUAUGUACUUGAACAUAGCUGUGAACACACUUAAAAAACUGAGGGAUCAUGGCGGUGCGUCAUCAGAUGAUUUUACAGGAAUUUCACUCUAUAGACUUCUAAAAGAUUAUGUUCUCACUGAGGAACAGCUAAAGGAAAAUAGCUAUCCAGCACCAAAUCCUGAGAAACCUGGUAGAGCUGUGUUAGGCUGUGGCAUUGUUAAACCCGCUGUAUAUGACCCUUCCAGAAGAGUUUGUUGUAGAUGUGGAAAAACAUAUAGCAUAAGUUCAUCAGGAAAGCAUGUUCGGAAAGAGGAAUGCAACUACCAUUCUGGUAGAAUAUUGAGACAUAAAGUUCCUGGUGGUUUGGAAACAUGUUAUAGCUGUUGUGAAGGAGCAGUUGGGUCUCCAGGAUGCCAGGUUGCAAAGCUACAUGUUCAUGAUGGAAGAAAGGAAAACAUAGAUGGAUUUGUGAAGACUUUCAUCAAGCCACCUCCGCUUGAUGGAAAUCAUGGUGUAUUUGCACUUGACUGUGAAAUGUGUUACACAACACGUGGUCUGGAACUCUCCAGGGUGACAGUAGUUGAUCCUUCUCUUCAAGUUGUCUAUGACACAUUUGUGAAGCCAGAUAAUGAAAUCAUAGAUUAUAACUGUAGAUUUUCUGGAGUAACAGCAGAGGACAUGGAGAAUACUGCAACGUCAGUUAGGGAUGUGCAGGCAAUAUUGCUGAACUUAUUCAGUGCAGAUACUAUUUUAAUUGGCCAUGGGUUAGAGAGUGAUUUAUUUGCUCUUAAGCUAUUUCAUAAUAUUGUUGUGGAUACAUCAGUAGUUUUUCCUCAUCACCUAGGUUUGCCUCAUAAACGAGCACUUAGAAAUCUAAUCGCUGAUUAUCUCAGAAGAAUUAUUCAGGAUAAUGUGGGUGGUCAUGAUUCUAGUGAAGAUGCAACUGCUUGUAUGGAAUUAAUGCUUUGGAAAGUGAGAGAGGACAGUAAAAGUAGAAGAUAAUGAUUUAUCCCAACAGCAGCUAGAA